AUGGUCAAAUUACUCAGUAUAAUUUCCGUUAUUGAUGACAUUUAUGAUAUUCAUGGGACGUUUGACGAUCUUCGACUUUUCGAUGACGCCAUUCAAAGAUGGGAUUUCGAUGCCUCAGAGCUAUUACCACCGUACAUGGGAACAUGUUACAAAGCUCUUUUGGACGUUUAUGCCGAAAUCGAAGCAGAAAUUGGAAAUUCCGACACGACAUAUUGUGUUCAGUAUUCAAUGGAUGAGGCAUGUUAUAUAUAUGUGAAAAGAUUGGUGAGUGCAUACACGGAAGAAGCGAAAUGGUUAUACGGUAAGCAUACGCCAACAGUGGAAGAGUAUAUGAAAGUGGCACUUGUAUCCUCUGGUUAUACAAUGUUGUCUGUAACAUCUUUUGUUGGCAUGGGAGAUUUAGUUACGAAACAAAUGUGUGAUUGGGUCGUAAGCGAACCACGAAUCGUGCGAGCAUCAUCGAUAAUAUGUAGGCUAAUGGAUGACAUGGUAGGGUAUGGGAAAGAAUCAAAGAUUACAGCUGUGGAAUGUUACAUGAAACAAAACGAUGCAUCGGAGGCGGAAACUUUUGCAGAUUUUCGGGAACAAGUGAAGAAAGCAUGGAAGGAUAUGAAUGAAGAAUGUUUUCAAACAACAACAACACCUUUGCGAAUAAUGAUGAAUGUCGUCAAUCUUGCUCGUGUGAUUAAUCUUCUAUACGUGGAUGAAGACGGAUAUACCAAUUCUAAAACCGAGACCAAAUACUUUAUAAACUACGUACUCGUCGAGCCCGUGAUAGUUUGA